AUGAAAGGCGCAAUCAUCGCCGCAGCGUCGCUGCUGGGCUCUGCGAGCGCCGGUAUCCACAAGCUUCCAUUGAAGAAGGUCUCGCUCUCUGACCAGUUGGCCACUGCCAACAUCGACGCUCAUGUCAAGCAUCUCGGCCAGAAGUACAUGGGCGUCCGUCCUCAAUCUCAUGCCGAUGAGAUGUUCAAGGAGACUUCAGUCCACGAGGACGGCUCAGGCCACUCGGUGCCUGUGAGCAACUUCUUGAACGCUCAAUACUUCUCUGAGAUCACCAUCGGAACUCCUCCCCAGUCCUUCAAGGUCGUUCUCGACACUGGAAGCUCCAACUUGUGGGUGCCGUCGUCGGAGUGCGGCUCCAUCGCGUGCUACCUCCACACUAAGUACGACUCAUCCUCCUCAUCGACAUAUAAGAAGAAUGGAACGUCUUUCGAGAUCCGCUAUGGCUCAGGUAGUCUCAGCGGGUUCGUUUCCGAGGAUACCAUGUCCAUCGGUGACCUCAAGAUCAAGAACCAGAUCUUUGCCGAAGCUACUGAAGAGCCAGGUCUCGCCUUUGCUUUCGGCCGAUUCGAUGGUAUCUUGGGUCUUGGUUUCGAUACCAUCUCUGUCAAUAAGAUCCCACCUCCAUUCUACAACAUGAUCGACCAGAAGCUUUUGGAUGAGCCAGUCUUCGCUUUCUACCUUGGAGACACUAACAACGGUGAGGGUGAUGAGUCUGAGGCCAUCUUCGGUGGAAUCAACAAGGAUCACUUCACUGGCAAGAUCACCGAGAUCCCAUUGAGACGCAAGGCCUACUGGGAAGUUGAUCUUGAUGCGAUUACAUUCGGCGAUUCCACCGCUGAGCUCGACAACACCGGUGUUAUACUUGACACCGGAACUUCUCUCAUUGCUCUCCCAUCUACCCUCGCCGAGCUUCUCAACAAGGAGAUGGGCGCCAAGAAGGGUUACAACGGCCAGUACACUGUCGAGUGUGAGAAGCGUGACAGCCUCCCAGAUAUGUCCUUCACUCUCAGUGGCCACAACUUCACUAUUACCCCAUACGAUUACAUUCUCGAGGUUCAAGGUUCUUGCAUCUCCAGCUUUAUGGGAAUGGACUUCCCAGAGCCCGUAGGACCAUUGGCUAUUCUCGGUGACGCAUUCCUCCGAAAGUGGUACUCCAUCUACGAUCUUGGCAAGGGAACCGUUGGCCUCGCCGCUGCCAAGCAGUAA